GUUGCCGAGAGGAAGGAAAGGAGGAGGAGAAAAGGUUUGUGUUUGGGCCCAUAAUAAGCAAGACGGUUCACUGAAAACUGAAAUCAGUUGACUGGAGUACCAUGAGCGACGGUUGAGGAGCGUUGGAAUUGCGUGGACAGGGUCAGAGUGUGCUGUCAGUUGUGAGCGAAUUUUUUUCUCUGCGAAAACCACUUGUCUUCAGACAGUCUGCAUCGUGCCCGAGGAAUGUGAGAGCAAAGUUUCGAGUUCCUCGGAAAGAAGUUUUGUUGCGGGUCGGACACGCGCGACCACCGAGUUGUACAGCCGCCUUGGACACGUUUAUUGAAGGCGCAUGAAAAUGUCCAAACUGAACCACGAACUGUGUCUGAACCCCAAACACGAAGGACUGUUGAGUGUGAAGGAGGAGUUCAUCGAGACCCUGAUCAAAAAAGAGCCCAUCACCAGCGUCUACAAUGUCGAACACACUCCCUUCGCCAGAGGAAAAUUCGCAGCGGUGAGAAAAUGCACACACCAGCAAACAGGAGUCGAGUAUGCGGCAAAGUUCAUCCGUAAAAGGCGAAGGGCCAUGGACCAGCGCCAAGAAAUUUUACAUGAAGUCGCCGUUUUAAGGCUAGCGUCCCAACCUGAGCUCAAUGGUGCUCGAAUCGUCCGUCUCCAUGAAGUUUACGAAACCCCCACGGAAAUGGCUCUUGUUUUAGAGAUGGCCGCCGGUGGAGAAUUGCAAUGGGUGCUGGACACCGAUGAGGAUGGACUGUCAGAGCACCACGUUGUUAGAUUAAUGAGACAAAUAUUAGAAGGUUUAUGCUUUUUGCAUGACCGAGACAUAGCCCACCUUGAUCUUAAGCCCCAGAAUCUGUUGCUGACUGGGAGCUAUCCCGAGUGUGACAUCAAGCUGUGUGAUUUUGGUAUCUCCAGGGUGAUUCAGUCAGGUGUCGAGGUUAGAGAGAUCCUCGGCACACCUGAUUACGUAGCACCUGAAAUUUUGAGUUACGAGCCCAUCAGCCUUGCGACUGACAUUUGGUCGGUCGGCGUGCUCGCGUAUGUCCUGCUCACGGGAUAUUCGCCCUUUGCGGGCGAGACCAAACAGGAGACGUUUUGCAACAUUUCGCAGAACAACCUGUCGUUCCCGGAUGAGCUCUUCGAGAAUGUGUCGACUGCCGCCCAGGAUUUCAUCCGAGCCACGUUGGUUGUGGAACAGACUGGUCGUCUGACUGCCAGACAGUGCCUGGAGCACCCAUGGCUGCAUCAGCAGGCCUCGACCCCUGGCACGCCCCGCAAGUCGACCUUUCCGGCCGUAGUGUCGGUGGUCGGGUGCCUCCUGUGCUCGCAGUGCAGCAGUUCGCAGUGCCACUGCGACAAGCUGGGCUCGCCGCUGCUGCUGGAGCGGAGCAUCAUCUGUUGAAAGGGCGCCUCCUAAGCCAGUGAUGACUGUAUAGAUAGCCAGUGUGAGUGCCAGCGAGCCGAGAGCUGAAAAGAUAGAUGUCGUCUAGUGAUUCCGCUGUCCCGUUUUGUCGCCGUCAUCAACCCACUCAAGCUCAACUCAAUGACUCUUAAUCGAAUUAAUUAUUCUCAUCGAUCACGGAGGUCACGUCCGCGCAUGAUGUCACAACUGCAACCCAAUUCGACACUGUAUUGAUUGGCUGAUUUUUUUGUUGGUUUUUUAUUAUUAUUAUUUACAAUCUUCCAUCAGUUUGCAAAGUACCAAAGAAAGAAUUGCAAAAUUUUUACUUCGAUUCCAUCGGUUUGAUUGUAAUUUAUCAUCAUCUGCUUCUGCCAGCACCAAUACCCUGGUUUUAGGGGCCAAUCAAGAGAAUCAAACUAUGUAACUUUCCAAAUGGUGCGCACAUUGUGUGUGAAGCUAAUAUCAGUCUGCUACGAUUAAGUUGAAUGAAUAUUUUUAUAGCGUAAUAUUCUGUGUAAAAAUAAAGAGAUUGACUACAGCUAAAUAUGAAAAA